AGUUGGUGUGAGAGAAGAUUGCGGAGCCAUUGAGACUAUGAUCCGAGAGCUGGCCGUAUACGAAAAGAUGCCGGAAGAACCCAGAUUAGACCGACAGGUGCUCGAGAGGGACGGCUUUGACCGGUCGGGCGACCCGUUGUUCCGCACGUUUGUGGCCGAGAGGACCGCCGAUGACGGCAGCCGAGAGCCGAUUGGUUACGCUCUCUAUUACAGUAAAUACAACACAUGGGAGGGCAGGACUCUGUGGAUGGAAGAUCUGUAUGUGAAGUCCGAGUACAGGGGGUCUGGUGUGGGGUUCGCUUUGAUGCAAGCGGUGACCAAACAGACUGUGGACGAGGGAUGCGCUCGACUCGAGUGGAAUUGUUUGGAUUGGAAUCAGAAGUUUUACAAGAAGUUGGGAGCUAUUAAUUCAACCGAAACGGACGGCUGGCAGUGUUAUCGUCUCACUGCCCACCAGUGCUCACAACUGGCCAACGCUUCCCAUAAGUCGCAAAAAGAAUCGCACAGGAAUUGCAUUAAUUCAAUAUCAAUGUCAACAAAAGCGAUGUUCACUAUAAGAGAGGGCCGGAAAGAGGACUGUCGGCAAUUGUUGGACAUGAUUGUAGAGUUGGGCCACUACUUUAAGACAGUCACCGGUGCCGACAAUAAACAGACGGUCUCUCCGGUGGUUAGUAUCGGACAGUUGGAAGAGAACGGGUUUUGUGCCGACGAAUCGCGGCGAAUGUUCAGCACAUUUGUGGCCGAAUCGGUGGCCGAUCCGAACCAACUCGUGGGCUAUACUAUGUAUUACCCGAAGUUCUCGACGUGGACGGGGAGGGGUGUGUGGAUGGAGAGCCUGUAUGUGAAGCAGGAGUUUAGAGGGACGGGUGCCGGCGCCGCACUUAUGGCCGCUGUGGCUAAGAAAGCGCUGACUGACGGCUGUGAGCGCUUUGAGUGGGACUCGUAUGAGUGUAAUCACGGAUCGAUGGCUUUUUACAAAAAGUUGGGAUCCAUUGAUACGACUCAUGAUUACCAGAUCGUUGUCUUCCGACUCAACGAACCGGAGAUGAAACAAUUGGCCGCCAGAGCUGACCCAACC